GUUUUUGCAAUGGGAGGCUUAACCUCCACUAAGCCCAGCACACCUCAGGGAACCAGCAGAUGAACACCAGCUUCCCUCUGCACAGCUUGCAAACUAUUUACAGGACAUGAUGAAGCAGCUGGUCUGGCUCAGUAUUCUUCUCUGCCUCUUUGCCUGCCAUUUCAGUGAUGCCAGAGUCCUCCCAGAAGGAGUGCCCUAUGAGGAACCACCAGCUGUUCCUUACUGGCCCUACUCCACCUCGGACUUCUGGAACUACGUUGAAUACUUCAGAUCAAUCGGAGCCUACAACCACAUCAAUGAGAUGGCCCGGGCCUUCUUUGCCCACCAGCCCAUCGGAGACACCCUGGGAUACGAGACCAAUGACGGACGAGAACACUGAGAGCGAGUAAAAGAUGGAUGAUGACAUACACAGGACAGGAUUCAAAGGAAACAAUUUAACCAUAUAUAUAUAUAUAUAUAUAUAUAUAUAUAUAUAUAUAUAUAUAUACACACACAUUGUUCUAGCAUAGGCAUAAAUACAAAAAGGCAAAUUUAGAGUAAGUAGCCCUGUAGCAGGAUUGUAUAAUAUCUUCAUGCAAUGUGCCACAAAUGAAAAAAAACAUAUAGUUAAUGUUGUAUGUACACUAUCUUUUCUCGUUAUUUCUCUGUAUUUAAUUAACUGUAUGUAUGUCUUUAGUGAAUUAGCAGAGUUUCAAAAAAUAUAUUUAAAAAAAAAAACGAAAUCAAUAAUGUUUUAAAAUCAAUUCAAAAAUAAAAUCAAACAAUGGAAA